AUGGCGGGGUAUGAAGAAUGGUCACAACAGCAGUUGAUUGCCAGGAUACAAGAGUUGGAGAGGCAGAUAGGAGGGGACGCACAAAGAGCUGCUGAACUGAACUCAUCCUCGACAAGCGAACCGACGCCCACGCCUACAGAACCGCUCAAGCCAUGGGAAUUGCGCACAGCCCGCAAGGCAUCGCCGAAAGCCUUCGAUGCUUCGAAAUACAGCACACGGUUAAUCGCACUGAAGUUUGCCUACCUAGGACAGAAGUACAACGGCUUCGAGCAUCACAAAAACAACACCACACCAUUACCUACGAUUGAGGAGGAGGUCUGGAAAGCGUUGGUCAAGACGCGUUUGAUAAAUCCGAUACCCACGGGCGGCGACGAAAGAAGAUAUGAGAGAAUUGAUAGAAAAACUUUUGCAAAAUGGGAUAGGGAAGGUGCUGAUGUAAACUGGGAUGGCUGCGAAUACUCCAAAUGCGGACGGACGGAUCGGGGCGUGAGCGCUUUCGGGCAGGUCAUUGGAGUGAGGGUCAGGAGCAACAAGCCAUUGCCAAAAGUUUCUGAGCCUGUACGGAAUGCCGAAGGAGAAAACGAAGCCGAUAACGAAGAAUCAGCGUCGUUAUCAGACGACGUCCAAGACAUCCCACAAAAGCCGUUCAACGACCUUACCGACGAACUCCCAUAUAUCCAGCUUUUGAACCGUGUGCUACCCCCGGACAUUCGUGUUUAUGCGUGGUGCCCAAACCCGCCAGAAGACUUCAGCGCUCGCUUCUCUUGCAAAGAACGGCGGUACAAGUACUUCUUCACCAAUCCUUGCUUCGCACCUGUACCCGGAUCCUCUGGGCAAUACAAGACCAACACCAACUACAACAACUCCAAACCCGUUGCUACUGAAAACCAAGAGAUAAUGCGCGAAGGCUGGCUCGACAUCGAAGCCAUGCGAAAAGCCUGCAAGUCGCUAGUCGGCCUCCACGAUUUCCGCAACUUCUGCAAAAUCGACGCAAGCAAACAACUCACAAACUUCCAAAGACGCAUCUUCCACGCCGACAUUGAGGAAGUGUCCUCACUGUCCGUGCCAGGCUUCCUCUCCCACCCCGCUCUCUCUGCGCCCUACACCAACGGAGAGCAACCAAAACUAUACUCGUUCACCCUUCACGGCUCCGCUUUCCUCUGGCACCAAGUCCGCUCUUUAGUCGCCAUUCUCUUCCUGGUAGGCCAAGGUCUCGAGUCACCAUCCCUAGUCCCCCAACUCCUCGACAUCGCCGCCAACCCUCAACGACCAAAGUACGAAAUGGCAUCGGACGCCCCACUCGUUCUCUGGGACUGCAUCUUCCCGCACGCGCACGAAGUCCGCAGCACCGAGGAGCGAGAACACGGCUACCAAGACCGACUCGAAUGGAUCUACAUUGGCGACGAAGGGGGCAGCGAGCCAAAAGCCAGAGGAACAGCCAAAGGAGGAGGCCCUGCUACCAUUGGUCGCGGAAAAUGGGGUCGCGGCGGUGUCAUCGACGAUGUCUGGGAGGUGUGGCGGGGGAACAAAAUCGAUGAGACGCUUUCGGGGCUUUUGCUCGAUAAGAUUGCGAAUUUAGGACAGUCGACGCUGGAUGCGGAGGUGCCGGCUGAGCAACAGAGUAUUGGGAUAGCGAGGGGUGGCCCGAGAGUGUUUGAUGGAGGGGAUCUGGGCAGGGCCAAGGGAAAUUAUAUGCCUGUGUUGCAGAGGGAGAGACAGGAAAGUGUAGAGGUGGUGAAUGAGAAAUACAGAGUGAGGAAGGGCAUUCCUGAUCGUAUUCAGGCGAAGGAUGAUGAUGGGGAUGAAUAG